GCGGACGGCUGCGCCUGGGGCGGCGCGGUUGCAACCGCCGUUGGACCGCCGCGGCCACCUCGCCCUCCGCGCCGGGCUCGGGGACGCCGUGCUGGGGAGGCGGGGCGCCCGGGCACAUCGCGUCAGACCUUCAAGUACUUUGUGCCAAAUCAUUACUGCUUACCACAUGAGUCUAAAUCAUGACGGAUGCCAAGUAUGUCCUCUGCAGAUGGAAAAAGCGAUUAUGGCCUGCAAAGGUCUUGGCCGGAACUGAGAAGUCAGCCAAAAAUAAGAGAAAAAAGGGAUUUUUUCUAAACGUUCAGAUACUUUCCCUAGACAACAAAAUUAAGGUGAAAAGCACGGGAGCCCAGAUCCUGAAGAAGUCUCACAUUGAAGGCAUUGCUUCCUCGUUAGCCUCGCAGAACGAGGUUGCUGCCGCGCCCCUGGAGGAGCUGGCCUACAGGCGGUCGCUCCGCGUGGCUCUGGAUGUUUUGAAUGAGAGAACCCGUCCGCGUCGAGAAAGCUCUUCCAGGGAAGAGAGGACCACUCGGUCUCUGAGAGCGAAGCCCAUGGAACCGGCCUCCUCGCUCUGCAACCCCAGCCGUUCUCCUUUGCUCCACGAAGACGCGUCGGGCAGUCCUGGGCACACGAGGAGGGAACGUGCGCCCCAGAGGCUGUCCGGCCUGCCCGCUUGCAAGGAGGACGCCGGGUGCAGAGUGGACCACAAGAAGGGGCUCGGGAGAAGCGGAGGCCUGCGCGCCCCAGCUGUCUCCUUGGCCGGCAGUCGUGCUCAGGACGGACGGGGAUCCGGAAAACACCGGGCAAACCGGACGGUGAACCGGACGACAACCCCGAGGAAAUGGGAGAGGAACCCGGCACGGGGGCCCAGCUGGGGUCAGGAAGCGCCUCCGUCCUCAGAGGGAGCUGGGGAGGAAGAGAGUGAGACCGGGGCCGGCCCGGCAGCCCUGCGCUCGCCUCCCGGAGGCGGGGCCGAGGGUCCUCCUGGCAGCCCCGGUGCCCGUGGCCACCCUGCCCAGCACCUGUGCCCGGACAGCGGCCAGAGGCCGGGGCCCCGCAUGGCUCCACGCAGCCCCACUCAGCUCGGCCCCGCAGAGGAGACCAGAGACUCUCGGAUCCUGGAGGGAGCCCGUCCACCUUCUGAAGAGUCGGUGGAGUUGAACGCCGUGAACUCUCUCCUGGCGGAAGAUGAGGAGGAGGAGGACGAGGAGCCCCCGAGAAUCCUCCUGUACCACGAACCACGUUCGUUUGAAGUAGGAAUGCUAGUCUGGCUUAAAUACCAAAAAUACCCCUUCUGGCCCGCAGUGGUCAAAAGCGUCAGGCGAAGAGAUAAGAAAGCGAGUGUGCUUUUCAUUGAAGGAAACAUGAACCCCAAAGGGAGAGGCAUCACGGUGUCUCUCCGGCGAUUGAAGCACUUUGAUUGUAAAGAAAAGCAGGCGCUUCUGGACGAGGCCAAGGAGGACUUCGACCAGGCCAUCGGCUGGUGUGUCUCCCUCAUCACCGACUACAGGGUCCGGCUCGGCUGUGGCUCCUUCGCUGGCUCUUUCCUGGAAUACUACGCGGCUGAUAUAAGCUCCCCCGUCCGCAAGUCCAUCCAGCGGGAUGUCCAGGGGACCAGGUUCCCCCCGCUGAGUGGGGUGGGCCCCGAGGAGGCCUCGGCAGGGAGCCCGCGGGACAGGAGGCCAGCCUGCAGGAAGGUCCUCCCUGACCGCUCGCGGGCCGCCCGGGACCGGGCCAACCAGAAGCUGGUGGAGUACAUCGUGAAGGCCCGGGGUGCCGAGAGCCACCUGCGGGCCAUCCUGAAGAACAGGAAGCCGUCCAGGUGGCUGAAGACGUUCCUGAGCUCGGGUCAGUACGUGACCUGUGUGGAGACGUACCUGGAGGACGAGGAGCAGCUGGACCUGGUGGUGAAGUACCUGCAGGGGGUGUACCAAGAGACGGGAAGCAGGCUGCUGGCACGUGGGCACGGGGACGGGAUCCGCUUCGUCCUGGAUGUGCUUCUGCCCGAGGCCAUCAUCUGCGCGAUUUCCGCGGUGGACGCUGUGGACUACAAGACGGCUGAGGAGAAGUACAUACGAGGACCUUCGCUCAGCUACCGGUAG